AAUAAUUACAAAAAAAUAAUAACAAUUAUUCAUAAAACGUUAUAUACUUAUACUAUCAUCAUAUAUAUAAAUGAUCAAUUUUUCAGAAGUAAACAUAAGUUACAGUCAGUGAUUUGACGUAAUCCAAAGUGUGUGCCAUAAAGUUUAUAAUUUAAAGUUAUUAAUGAAAAUAUGACAUGAUUCUAUGAAAAUUAUUUCAAAUGUCAAUAAUGAUAAAGACUGUGUAUUAUAUGUCAUUAAAAACUAAUUGAUAAUUGAUUUAAUUUUGUGUGAUAAAUCAUUUAUAUUCUACAAGUGAGGUUAUAUGUACUAGUAAAAACUUAAAUUGUAUCAGUUCUGCUGGAAAUAAUUAUUACAAUUUUUAUUCUUUAUAGUGAUUAUAAAUAUUGUAAAUAUUAUUAAUUAGUUAGACGAACCUAUCAAAAUUGAAGAGUUUCAGAAGAUUAUUUAAUAUAAUAUAUAUAUUUAUAUAAAAAAAAAAUUAACAAAGCCAAUAUGAGUAACUUUGAACCACCAAAAAUGUUACCACCUCAUUUGUCUAAAGAAAAUGAUAACAGAGUUUUUCUUCAUGAUCCAAUUUGGGAUCAAAUUGCAGUUUAUUUGAUAGGAAAUCCUCAUCGAUUUCGUAAUAAUAUUAUAAUUCCAGCUGGAGUUAGUCCACCAAAAAUUAAGAGUAAUGAAGAAAAAGCUGUUGAAGCAGUAUUCGAAAGUUGUGUGUUUAAGAGCCUUAUGAGUUGUGUUUUAGGUUUCGGUUUAGGUGCUGCUAUUGGUUUAUUUACUUCAAGUGUUAAUCCAAAUGUAGCAGCAGUAGAAAAACAACAGACAGCACGAGAGAUUAUUAAAGAAAUGAAGACUACAACUCUAGGAUAUGCAAAAAAUUUUGCAGCUGUAGGAUGUGUUUUCUCUGCUGUUGAAUGUUGUAUAGAAUCGUAUCGAGGGAAAACUGACUGGAAAAAUGGUACUUAUGCUGGCGGUGUAACGGGAGGUAUUAUUGGUUUGAGAGCUGGUGUGAAAGCAAGCUUUAUUGGUGCCGCAGGUUUCGCAACGUUUUCGACAAUAAUUGAUUAUUAUUUGCAUAGAUAAAAAUUUGUACAAAUAAAUUUAGUAAAUAAAUACAGAGAAUGUGA